UUGAUGCAGACGUUUAGUGAAUAUUUAAUAUUUGCGGCGAAAGUGUAAGGUUAAGUUAAUGCGAGGAUAUUUCGAAGACAAUUUAUUAAAAUUUAAAAAAAAAAAAAGUAUCCCAGGAUACGGAACUAACGGGAAAUAUAAACUUAGCAACUACAAAUUUGUGUUUGCUGCCUCCUAAAAGUAGGCUAUGUGAAAUUGCAACGACGCUGCGGAAAAUCGAAAUUACCUGGAAUCGAAUGAUUGAGUAAUAAUUGAUUUAGAAAAGGAAAAACGCUACACGUUUUGCCAUAACGUAACUUCAAUUUCAAAACAAGCAUAUAUUAUUAAAAUCAAUAAAAGAAAUCGUUUAAACAAUUUGAAUAGAAAUAUUUAAAUAAUCUUAAAGCUAAAAGUUCGACUAGUACUAAUUGCAAAAUAUAUAUUGCAACUGAAAAAUAAAGUAAGAAAAUUUGUGGUCUCUUGCCAAAAAAGAAAAUUCCAAAACAAUUUAUCAACCGAAUUACAGUGUACUUAAAAGUUAUUAGAAAUCAUCUAUAUAAGAAACAAGAAUGGCCGCACAGAAUUCUUUUAAUCAUUCGUAUGGUGUGCCGGCAGUCGCCGCUGUCACUGCUGCCUCAACAAACCCAACAAUACCACCCAUGGAAGGUGCCAAGCAAAAAGGAGGUGCAUCCACUAUCCGACGUCUGGAUUCUGCUGCACCGAAUAAACGCAUUAUGCCCGCAAAUCAAUAUAAUUCUCAAAAUCAACAGCAAUCACAACGUAAAGAAAAUGCUUCACCAAAGCGCUCGCAGGUGGCUCAACGGCAACAACAGCAGCAACAACAAUAUAGUGACGCUAUACAGAAUGAGGAUAAUUUGGAGUAUUUCAUCAAAUUUCCCACACCAAAUUAUCGCAGCGAUGCAAUGGAUACGGGCGAUUCGGACUUCGUAUUUGUAUACAAUGAUUCAAAUGUUCCUAUCGUCAUGUUGCUCGGUUGGGCCGGCUGUCAGGAUCGUUACCUAAUGAAAUAUUCGAAGAUAUAUGAAGACCGUGGCUUAAUUACCGUUCGUUAUACGGCUCCAGUGGAUACGCUCUUUUGGAAACGCACCGCAAUGAUUCCUAUUGGUGAAAAAAUACUGAAACUAAUGUAUGAUAUGAAUUUUGAUUCACAUCCGGUGAUUGUGCAUAUAUUUUCGAAUGGCGGCGCUUACCUUUAUCAACACAUAUCGUUAGCUAUGCGUAAACAUAAGACGCCCAUACAAAUACGUGGCAUGAUUUUUGAUUCUGCACCUGGUGAGCGUCGCAUUUUGGGCUUAUAUCGUGCUGUGACAGCAAUUUAUGGAAAAGAGCGGAAGAAAUGCCAUUCUGUAACGGCACUAAUUAUAACUUUAACUUUAAGCAUUAUGUGGUUUGUUGAGGAAACGUUUGCCGCUUUUAAAAGUUUGUUUUUCAAAUCUGAACCGGUACAAACAAAUCCCUUUAGCGAUUUGAAAAACGAGGCCACACAAUUUCCACAAUUGUUUGUUUAUUCAAAGGGAGACGUAGUGAUUCCUUAUCAGGACAUUGAAAAAUUUAUUAAAAUACGACAAGAGCGUGGUGUGGAUGUAUCAGCUGCAUGUUUUGAAGAUGCCGAACAUGUAAAAAUUUUUACAAAAUAUCCGUCACAGUACAUCCAUUGCGUAUGUUCAUUUAUCAACAAUUGUUUAUCACGGCCUUAUAAGGGCGGUAAUGGUUUGGAGACGGUCACUGACAGUGGCUCACCAACCAGUUCAAUUCGUUCUAUACUGGGUGCUAAUUCCUCUAAAUAUGAUUAAAGAAAAUAUUAUAUGAACCGUUAUUUAUAACGCGGAUAAAUUACUUAAUUUCAACUUUUUAGUUAUCACGAGUGUGAAGUAUUGAUCGAAAGUAGCAUCUGGAAAGAUGAAGUAUGUGUGAGCAGCUUACAUACUUUUGCAAUAUUUUAAUAUUGUUAGUGCACAAUAUAAAAUAAAUAAUCUGCGUUACUAACUAGAAUAUAAUUUUACUAUUUGAUUAUUUAAAGCGAAAGCAAAAAUAUAGCUUUAUUACUUUUUGAUCACAAAAGUAUUAUUAGUUUAUGUAGUAAACCUUCAAAUUGUGAUACUUAUAGACGAACACAAAAACAAAUUAUAGAUUUGACACUUGUAUGAGUGGAUUUCAAAUCGUUUUAUUCAAACACGUACAAUUAAAUAUUUUCCUAUUUAAUAUAAAUACUUACUUGCUUACUUACUGAACAAAAGUUAUGUAUAUGGCUUUAA